AUGACCACGAGGCUUAAGGAACUGUUCGAGCGUCCGGAAAUUUUUGUCCUGGCCGGCGGCAUGAACGCCAUGGGAGCCAAGAUGGCGGAAGUGGCGGGGUUCGAGGCCUUCUACAUGUCCGGGGGAAACACUUCAGCCCAACUCAUGGGCUGGACGGAAGGCGGCACCAGCAUGCGGGACAUGGUGGACAACGCCAGGCGCAUCGUAAACACCGUGGACAUCCCGGUGUUCUGCGACAUGGAUACGGGAUACGGCGACGCUAUCACCGUUUACGACACGGUGAAGGAAUAUAUACGGGCAGGGAUAGCCGGGGCGCACCUGGAGGACCAAACCUACCCUCCCAAGUCCGGCCCGCGCCGUCGCUGUGUUUCCAUUGAGGAAAUGGUGGGCAAACUUCGGGCUGCAAUGGACGCCAAGAUAGAACUUGACCCGGACUUCGUCAUCGUCGCCAGGUGCGACUUUGCCGGCGUCCCCGGCUCCACCUUCGAGGGCGUAAUGGAGCGCUGCCUGGCCUACAAGAGCCAGUCCGGCGCGGACACCAACCCCACACUGGAGGAACUGCAGGAGGCCGGAGCCGCCGCCGCCUGGUAUCCGGCGCUGACCACCAUGGCCGGGUUGCAGGCGUCCUGGGACCUGUUGCACGAUUUCGGGGAACGCGGCACCGGCGCCAUUGACGACUUUCUGGCAGUGGCCGCGCAAAGCAGGUGGGGAGUCGCCAGCAACGGGGGAAUCCUGGGAGCCCAGCGCAUCCGGGACAUGGAGGACAAGUACCUUCCGUGA